AUCUGGAACUAGGAAAACAGGUCAUGAAGCUGGCUUAAAAUUCUAUUUAUUCUUAAAGCAGUAAAAUAAACAAGACAAUUGAUCACUGUGUAUCAACAAACGCUAUGGCAAGCAGCAUUUGGGCUAAAAAUUAAGGGCCUAGCAUAGGCACUUCUUGUAUGCAUUAUCCGAACUGCUCUGUCCACAGGGUGUGUAAGCUCUUUACAGACUGAACUACGUCUGACAUUAAAAGAUUGUCAAUAGAAAUGUGUUCUGAUUCAGUCUGAAGUAGCGAAAAGACUGGAAAUACUUGUCUUAUAUGAUGCCAAUCAUAUCAUCAUGUCUUAUGUCUCCUAUCAAUAGGAAGAAGGAGGAAGAACUAGAAGUAGACAAAGUAGCUGAGCAAGAGAAAAAGGAACCCAGCCUGAUCUGCCCCCCACCACGCAGCAGGAAAUACUUUCCUCCAGAGGAUCUACAGAGUAGCCUUGAGUUUCUGGUCAAGGAGAUUUUUGGACCCUCAGUUCCUGAUAAUUGGCAACAGACUUCCCUAAAAGAAAAUAGGUUAAAGUAUCGCCUCCUGGCUCAGCUCGCAUCAGAACUUGGUCAUGCUGUCCCCAAUUCACAGCUCCACCUGAUGUGCAGUGCUAAGGAUGUCCUGAAUUUCUACAGCACACCUGUGAAGGAUGUAUCAAAGUUUGAUGAACUGUGUGCUGCAGAGCUACCCCCAAACCUGAAGAUUACCUGGGAACAGUGAGUGAUACCAUGAAGCAUCACUUUGAUUGGCUUGCAUUCUUAAGAUAGACGUGUAUAGCAGGGCCUUUUCAUUGUGAUAUUAAUGAAGACUAUGAAUAUUGUCAAUAAAAGUUCAUUUAGUUGUCUUCAGA